AUGUCACAGAGAUCAAAAUCACCACCUGUUAAAUUGGAGAAACUUCGUUCAGAAGCUGGGUUCAGAGCCAAGAAACAACAUAAAUCAGAUAAGGCAAUGGAUGAUAACCAAGUUGAUUAUAUUAUUCAAGGUCCAUUGCGUAAAAUUGAACCAUAUUAUUAUACUUACCUAACUUAUUGUAAGCUAAGAUGGAGAGAUCGUACCUUGUUUGAUAUUUUUUCAAAUGAAUUUCGGGAUAGAGAUUCUGAAUAUUAUGCACAAGCUAUUAAAAAUGGUGAAGUUAAAUUAAAUGAUAAAAUUGCAGAUAUUGAUACUCUUGUAAGGAAUGGAGAUCUGAUAAGUCAUACAAUCCAUAGACAUGAACCCCCAGUCACAUCAAGGCCAAUCAGAAUAGUUAAAGAAACUGAUGAAUUGAUAGUUGUGGAUAAACCUGCCGGUAUUCCUGUUCAUCCAACUGGUAGAUAUAGAUACAAUACAGUAACCAAGGUUUUACAAUUAGAACAAGGUAUUGAAGCACAUCCUUGUAAUAGAUUGGAUAGAUUAACUAGUGGAUUAAUGUUCUUGGCUAAAAAUCCCAAGGGAGCUGAUAAUUUUGUGGAACAGUUAAGGAAAAGAGAUGUUUCAAAAGAAUAUAUUGCUAGAGUUAAAGGGAAAUUCCCAUUAGGUGAAGUUAUUGUGGAAAAACCUUUAAUCACAUUAGAACCAAGAUUGGGAUUAAACAAAAUUGAUGAAGUGAAUGGGAAAGAAGCAAAGACAAUUUUCAAAAGAUUGAGCUUUGAUGGUGAAACAAGUAUAGUUAAAUGUAAACCAUUAACUGGACGUACUCAUCAGAUUAGAGUUCAUUUACAAUAUCUUGGGUUCCCUAUUGCCAAUGACCCAAUUUAUUCUAAUACGAGUGUUUGGGGUGAAUCUUUAGGUAUAAAUAACGAGGCAAAUUAUGAUGAUAUUAUGGCUGAAUUAGAUAAAGUUGGUAAAACAAAAUCUGCAUCAUCUUGGAUCAAUCCAACUUCAAAAGGUGAAGUAUUAUUAGAUUCUAAAUGUGAAGUUUGUUCAACUGAUCUAUAUUCAGACCCGGGUCCAAAUGAUUUAGAUCUUUGGUUACAUGCUUAUAAAUAUUCUUAUAACGGUUCAGAUGAUGAUGUGGAACCAUGGAGUUAUCAAACACCAUUCCCUGAUUGGGCUUUGGAUUGUCAUAGGUCCAACAUGGAAUUGGCAUUGAAACAGGCUCAAAAAUGUGAAGAAACAACAACUGCAUUUAGUGUUGGUGCUGUAUUGGCACUAGAUGGUGAGGUUUUAGAGACUGGUUACUCAAGGGAAUUACCAGGUAAUACACAUGCUGAACAAUGUGCAUUGGAGAAAUAUUUCGCUAGAACUGGAGAAAAAGAUGUCCCUGAGGGCACUGUUAUUUACACUACAAUGGAGCCAUGUUCAGAAAGAUUAAGUGGAAAUCUACCUUGUGUUGAUAGAAUUUUGGGAACUAGCAUCAAGACAGUUUUCGUUGGUGUUUUGGAACCAGAUACUUUUAUCAAAAACAACACUGGGCUCAGAAAAUUACAGGAUAAAAACGUGGAGUAUAUACAAAUCCCAGGCUAUGAAGACGAGUGUCUUAAAGCAGCAUUUAAGGGCCAUCCAGGGCAUUAA